GCCACAACAAAAAUCUGUGUCGUCUCUUUUUCCUUCUUUAUCACUGAACCUUCAAAAUUGCCGCGAAAUCAACGGCUCUCUAAAACCCUAAUCUCUCUCUCUCUCUCGCCUAUUGAACCUAAAAGCUUCUUCAAAUCCCAAGCCCCCUCUUAACACCUUGCAACUUCUGCGUCCCUCUCCACUCAAUUGUCCCAACUUUUCCCGAGAAACAAACAAACGAGCGAACUGCUCCUUUUCCUAAAACCCUAGCCCCCAGUCCAUGCUCCACCACCUACGCCAAUGGAAGAACUCUCUCCAUUUCCCAGCAAGAUUCCGAACCCUUCUUCCCCUCUCUUCCAUCCUCUUCACCAAACCCUCGGUCUCCGCCGCAAAGCUUGAAGACGAGCCCGCCAGUUCCUCCGCCAUUCCAAACACUAGCGACACGGUUGGAGAAAUUCUCGCCGGUUUAAGGAGCUUCGGCUUGAGAAGAUUUUUCCGUGGGGAUUAUUUUCGGACCGUCGUUCUAACGCUGAAUUGGACUCAGGUGGAUCAGAUUAUCGAUGUUCUGAGGGUUGAGAGUCCCGACUUUGCUGUGGAUUUUUUCCAUCUGUUAAAGGAUAGGUAUCAGUUUCGGCAUUCGAGGGCUUCGCGGUUCAUUGUUUCGCAUGUUCUGGCGGAGAAAACGCGGUUCAAGGAGAUGCAGUUGAUUAUAAAGCAAAUGGUGGAAGAGGAAGGCUCUGGUUCCGCACCUUCACUUUGUGAACUGCUUCUCAAUAGCUUCAGGGGCUGGGAUUCGAAUACUGUGAUUUGGGAUAUGCUAGCAUUUGGUUAUUCGAGAUUUGAGAUGGUUCAAGAUGCUCUCUUUGUUCUUGCCAAGAUGAAAGAUCUGAACAUGCAUGCAUCAAUACAAACAUAUAACAGUCUGUUGCACAACUUGAGGCGGACUGAAACCAUGUGGGAUAUGCAUACUGACAUCAAAGUUAGUGGAACUUUUCAGAACGAGUACACUCAUUCCAUAAUUGUAGAUGGCCUCUGUGAGCAAUCCAGGCUACAAGAUGCAGUUUCGUAUUUGCAGGAUGUCGAAGGGAAGGAUACCGGACUUUCCAUUGUUUCUUUCAAUACCAUCAUGUCAAGGUUCUGUACAUUGGGUUUUGUAGAUGUUGCAAAGUCAUUUUUUUGUGUGAUGCUCAAGUAUGGAAUUUUUCCGGAUUCAUACAGUUACAAUAUUCUCAUUCAUGGGCUAUGUGUAGCAGGUUCCAUGGAAGAAGCCUUAGAGUUCAAAAAUGACAUGGAGAAGCAUGGUGUAGUGCCUGAUAUAGUAACCUACAAAAUUCUUGCUAAGGGGUUUCAACUACUUGGUUUGAUGAGUGGGGCCUGGAAGGUCAUUCAAGACAUGCUGCUUAAAGGGUUUAAUCCAGAUCUAGUUACAUAUACAAUACUGAUAUGUGGGCAUUGCCAGAUAGGUAAUAUUGAUGAAGGCCUUAAGUUGCGGGAAGAGAUGCUUACUCGGGGUUUUCAGUUGAGCGUAAUAUCAUACAGUAUAUUACUUAGCAGUUUGUGUAAAAGUCAGCGGGUUGAAGAAGCGUUAAGAUUGCUUUAUGAGAUGGAAACUUUUGGCUUGAAACCAGAUACUAUAACCUAUUCUAUCCUCAUUCAUGGCCUCUGCAAGAAAGGAGAAGUCCAGAGGGCUAUCCAUCUAUAUGAGGAAAUGUGCUCGAGGAGAAUAUUUCCAAAUUAUUUUACCCAUGGAGCCAUUUUGUUGGGUCUGUGUGAGAAAGGAAAUAUAUCAGAGGCAAAGAACUAUUUUGAUAAUCUGAUAGCAAAUGACUUGGUGGAUGAUAUAGCGCUGUAUAAUAUCAUGAUGAACGGGUUUAUGAAACAUGGUAAUAUUGAAAAAGCCGUGUUAUUAUACAAAAGAUUAGUUAAAAAAGGGAUUACUCCUAGUAUUGUCACUUUCAAUACUCUUAUUCAUGGAUUCUGCAAAAACAAUAAGUUAGGUGAGGCUCGAAGCCUUUUGGACGUCAUCAGGCUUCAUGGAUUGGUUCCAAGUGUGGUUACCUAUACCACUCUCAUGAAUGCAUACUGUGAGGAAGGGAAUAUGCAUGGCAUGCUUGAAUUGCUUUGGGAGAUGGAAGCAAAAGCUGUUAUGCCUACUCUUAUCACUUACACCAUACUUAUUAAGGGACUAUGCAAACAGAGGAGGUUGCAAGAAUCUGUUCAAUUACUUGAGGAUAUGCGUGCUGUGGGUCUGUCUCCAGAUCAAAUAACAUAUAAUACAAUUAUCCAGUGUUUUUGUAAAGCUGGUGACACAAGAAAAGCUUUUCAGUUACACAAUGAGAUGCUACUGCAUAAUUUGGAGCCUACUUCUGUCACAUAUAAUGUCCUCAUUGAUGGUCUUUGUAUUUAUGGAGACCUGAGGGAUGCUGACAGGCUACUGGUUUCUCUUGAGAAUCAAAAGCUCAAUUUGACAAAAGUUGCUUAUACCACGAUGGUUAAAGCACAUUGUGCAAAGGGGGAUGUGCGUAGGGCAGUAGUAUUCUUUCGUAAAAUGGUGGAGAAGGGGUUUAAAGCAUCAAUCAGAGAUUACAGUGCUGUGAUCAAUAGAUUGUGCAAAAGGUGCCUAAUAAAUGAAACAAAAUAUUUUUUCUGUAUGAUGUUAUCGGAUGGUAUUUCGCCUGAUGAAGAUAUUUGUACAGUGAUGCUUAAUGCUUUCCAUCAGGAAGGUGAUCUAGAUUCAAUUUCUGAACUACUUGGUGAGAUGAUCAAAUUUGGAUUGCUUCCUGAUUAAUCCAUGGGACAUGAUGAUUUUCAUGCAUCCAACUGUUAGAUAGAACCUUUCUUGGCCGAUAGGGAAGUCAGUAUGUGAGGGCGAUGUCCGUCUAUGUCCUGUUGCAGGCCCUUGCGCACAGGCUUCAAAGGCAAUCCCACCACACCAGUUUGCAAAUGAAAAAACUUGCUGAAUUUAUCUUCUGGACAGUGCACUAUACGAGAAGUCAUUGAUAAUAUCUUUCAUCUCUGAUUCUUAAGUGAGACUAGUAUAUCCUAUAUUUUCAUACUACGCAUUUAAUUCUGUAUGCAUCUGUAAUUGUUGGUUACCUUGGUCCCUUCUCAUCGUGAUCUCUUUUCUCUUAAGAGUUUGGAAGGAAGAGCAUCACAACUAUCAUAUACUUUGAACCUGCGCGCCUAAUGACAUACUUCCUGAAACCAGACCUGAUGUGGUCUGGCACCCACUUUGGAUGGACUAACUGGAAUGGCGAAGCUAAUUAAUUAGUAGUUCACUAUAUGUGAGGUAUAAAUGCAAUAGGAGUUUAUUCUUUUCUUUUCAAACCAAACAUGAUAUUUAUAUUUAUAUCAUCACUACUUGUAUGGCAUGCAGUAAUGGUAUGUGCUGCUUCUAAUUUUAAGCAGCUCGUAAGAGUCUGAAAUGACAAAUUUACCCCUUUUCCUUGUC